CUCCUCUCUCUCUCUCUCUCUCUCCGCAGCUGUGUGUCAGCUCUGACCUUGAGUCGGUGUUGUGUUCUCGCUCGUGUCGGUCGCUCGGCCUGCAGCAGCGCUCCAUCAGAUUCUCCCUUAAAAUGCUCCAGCGUGUGACUCCUGACAUGUAAAUGGCGUCGAAGGUGCGUGAUGCUGUGCUCUGGUACCAGAAGAAGAUCGGUGCGUAUGACCAGCAGAUAUGGGAGAAAUCAGUGGAACAGCGAGAGAUCAAGUUUAUCAGACGGGGUCUGCGGAACAAACCGAAGAAGACCGGUCACGUGAAGCCGGACCUGAUUGAUGUGGAUCUGGUCAGAGGCUCUGCGUUUGCUAAAGCGAAGCCCGAGAGCCCGUGGACCUCUCUGACCCGGAAGGGCAUCGUCAGAGUGGUUUUCUUCCCAUUUUUCUUCCGCUGGUGGAUUCAGGUGACGUCGAGAGCCGUCUUCUACCUGCUGCUGUCUCUCUACCUGCUGCAGGUGCUGGCGGCCGUGUUGUUUUUCAGCAUCUCCAGUCCUCACAGCGUCCCCGUCACCGAGGUGUUUGGAGCCAUCUGGCUGAUGCUGCUGUUAGGAACCGUUCACUGCCAGAUCGUCUCCACACACACUCCUAAAGCCAGCGGCGGCGGCAGCGGGAAACGCCGCAGGAAGUUGAGGAAAGCGGCUCAUUUGGACAUUCAUAGAGAAGGCGACGGCUCUAGCACUACUGAUAACACACAGGAGGGGGCGCCGCAGGGCUCGCUGUCUGCCGGCUCACGCAGCCUCGUGGCUUUCUUCAAAGAUUUCUGGCAUGGUAUCUUUAAAGAGGGGUCUAAAAAGUCCAAGCUGUCCAUCGAUAAGUCUACAGAGACGGACAAUGGAUACGUGUCUCUGGACGGACGCAUCACCAGCAAAAGCAGCGAGGAGGGUUUACAGCUGCAUGAGCCUCACUGCGACCUGCUGCGCUCCGAGACGCACUGGAGCCUCCAGCACAACAGACUGAUCCUGCCGCCCACGGGCAAGUGUCUGUCUGAGGCUGCGGUUCCUCGUGGGGUGGAGAACAUGUCGGGUGAAGCGUCCAGUGAAGAAGACCCAGAGAACUACAGCGCCCUCCGCAGAGGAGUGGAGCGCAAGAACAGCGACUGCACGCUGCGCAACAGAAAAGCACACCACUACAAGAAGCAUUACACUGCUGAGGAGACGCUGAAGUCGGGCACCAGCUGCAGCUCGCGGUGCUCCAGCUCGCGGACGCAGGACUCUGAGAGCGCGCGGCACGAGUCUGAGACGGAGGAUGUUCUGUGGGAGGACUUCCUGCACUGCGCCGAGUGCCGCUCCUCCUGCAGCAGCGAAACAGACGCCGACGGAUCCGCAGCCUGUUCUGCGUCUAAGAAAGAGUUCAGAGACGACCCGUUUCAUCAGGGUCACGUGCCGUGGCUCCACAGCUCUAAUCCGGGCCUGGAGCGCGUCAGCGCCAUCGUGUGGGAAGGAAACGAAUGCAAGAAAGCAGACAUGUCUGUGCUGGAAAUCAGCGGCAUGAUAAUGAACAGGGUCAAUCUCUACACUCCAGGCAUCGGCUAUCAGAUCUUGGGGAAUCUGGUGUCUGUGACGCUGGGUUUGACUCCG